AUGAUAGCAGCGGAAGAAAUACAUAGUCGAUCAUACGAUAAAGUAGCUGUAUUUCUUCCACCACGAAAACCAGACGUACAAGUUGAAGAAAAAUCAACAUCAUUAUUUGGUGCAAAAGGUAUUAAACCAAGUAUUCUUCAACCAACAUCAACAUCAUCUCUUUCAACAAGUCGACCAGGAGUUGAUGAUGGUGAUGAUAUUUAUAAAACAAAUCCAACAUUUGUUGCUAUUAUUGAACCAAUUGCUAAUAAAUUUAUGCCAUUAAAAGAAUUAAUUGAAAAAUUAAGAUUACUUGGUCUCAAUGUUUUUCCUGAACCUGAUUCAGAUUCAUAUGUGAGCGUUAUUAAUAAAAAUCAUAAAUUAGAAUGGUGGGUGUAUAAUCAAAUGGCAGUGGUAUCAUCAUGUACGGCAUUUUCUUACAGUCAUUGGAAUGCAUUUGUUAAUGAUGAAAUGAAAAUCGUUGUUGGUUGUAAAGAACAAUUAGUUGAUCAAUCAACUCGUGAUGAUGAUCCACAUUGCAUUAUUUUUACAAGUGAACUUGUUGGUUUUACUGAUAUUUGUGAAAGUUCACAAGAAUUUACUGAAGCAUCAACAUUUAGUGAUUAUCAUGCAGAAUCAUAUCAUUUAGUACGUGAAAAAUUUUCAACGGAAGCAUUUGCUCGUGUUAUGGAUGCUAGUCCAUUAUUUAUUGAAACAGUUAAUCAACUUCUAUUAAGUAUUAAACCAUUAACAUAUGCUUAA